GAGUGGAGUAGAGGGGCCAUGCUGGGCUAGGCAUGGUUGUGGGGGUAUAGGCUUUGGAGCUGGGCUGGGCUGGGCUGAGGGGAUAUAGGCUCUGGGCGGAUUUAAAGGAGGCAGGCUGGUCAUGUGGGGAUCAACUUCUGAAACUCAGCCUAAUCCUCUGGAGAAGGAGGGAGAGGGAGAGGGAGAGGGAGAGAGAGAGAGAGGAAGAGAUUGUACUUUGACCAACUGUACACAGGCACUAGUUACAGAUUGGAGCCCCAGGCAGCGACAACUAGAAGCUGUGCGUGCGUCUGUGGAACCUACAAACACACACUUACCCAACUUCCUCAAAUUCGGCUGGAAUUCCUGGACACACACUUACCCAACUUCCUCAAAUUCGGCUUGAAUUCCUGGACACAUACUUGUUGGAACCUUGGACACACUCCUUCCCAGUGUGUGUUGGUCUUCCAGUAACCAUGGCCCAGUCUGAAGCUAAUGGCCUCAGCCCGGACCUCUCCAACGGAGCCAUCAUCCACAGCCCUAUAGGAACCUGUACCGACCCGGAUACACAGAGACAACGAGAUGAAGAGGAGGAGGAGGAGGAGGAGGAUGUAGAACUUGCAGAGGAGGUGUUGGAACUGGGGGAGGAGGUGGGCGAGGACAUGGAUGACAUUGGGCUGGCAGGUGAGGGUAAGGGAGGUGCAGCUGAUCAUUUCGAAGUGAUGGUGCAAGCUAAUGGGAGUGGAGGAGAGGAGGGAGAGGAGGGGGAGAGGGGGAUUGAAGAGAAGGAGGUUAGUUUCCAGGAAAAGAGAGAGGGAGGUAAACGAGAGAGGGAGCUGACCGUGCCAGUUGUUGUAAUUGAAGAGGAGCAGGAGAAAUCUGUAGAGGCUGUAGAAGAAGAGAAGUCUGCUGAGAGAGAGGAGGAGUCAGCAGGGGCGGACAAAGGGAGAGAAAUAGAGGAGAGCGAACCUCCUCUCCCCCCACCACCCCCUAGUUUACCUGACCAACCUGUUCAGACCACUGAGAUAGCUACAGAACACUCACACGAGAAGGAGGGAGGAGAGAGGGAAGAGGAGGGAGGAGAGAGGGAAGAGGAGGGAGGAGAGAGGGAAGAAGAGAAGGAGUCAGUCACUCUGUGUGUGGAGGAGGGAGAGGUGAAGGAGACAGCGGGGAGAGAAACUGAAUCCAUUAAUGAUGAGGUAGAGAGGAAAAAUGAAGAGACAUCUCCAGAGGCAGAAAAGGCACAAAUAGUUUUGCCUGUUGAUAAGACAGAGGACGAUGUCGAUUUGACGACAACAGAACCGCCAGUCCCGUCCACUGAUGAUGAGGUGGAGAGUAAAGAAGGGCUGUGUACAGAGAGUCAAAAGCCAGAAACUAAAUCCACUACAGAUGAGUUAGCGAAGGAAGAGCAGAGUGGCGGUGAGGACCCAGAGAUGCCCAUCAGCCAGGCGACUAAUGAUGAUGGCAUGGCAAGAGUGAGUGAUGAAAGCAGGAGUCAAGUGACUGAGGACUGUCAAACUGUGUCCACUAGCGAUGAGGUCAGAGAGACACGGCAGGAGGAAGGACAGGAAGAGGAUCCUAAACAUCAGCCAGCCAAUGACAAUGAAGGAGAGAGUGAGGAAAGUAAGAAUGUAGUGUCAGAGAAUCAACAGGUUGCACAAGAAGAGAGGGAUGAGAAGCAGCAGGGAAGUGAGAACAGUACAGAGAAAAAAGAGGAGGAGGUUACAAGCCCUGUUACAGAGGGACAGACCACUAAAGAAGACGUUUUAGAGAAAGAAGAGGAGGGGCAUCAAGCGACAGAGCACCAGCCCCCGUUGUUCGUUACUGAUGAGGUCAUAGAGACCGGAGUUGUCAAGAGUCAGGCAACCACGGCUCAACAGCCACAGGAUGUUGUCACUCCACCUGUUGAGGUAGAGGGAGGGAGCAAGAGCAAGGAACAGCCACUGAUACAGCCCGAUGAGAGUCAGGGGGGUGAGAAUGGAGCUAAAGAGGAGGGAGGUUUACAACAGACAGAACAGCAGCUACAGGUCGAAGAGGGUGACAGUGAAAGGGCAGUGGAAGGAGGUGGUGGGGAAAAGGAAGAGCCACAACAGGUUAGGGAUGAUGCGGUGGCGGGGAUGGACACAGGAGGCAGCAAAGUAGAGGAGGAGCAAAAGAAGGAGGAUAAUGUAGAGAUAGCAGAGGAAGAGAGAAGAGGUGGAGGUAUGGAGGAACAGACGGAAAAGGCUUUGGAGCCUGAUAAUGCUGCCAGACAAGAGGAGGAAGAGAAAGAAGUUAAAGUUGUAGCUCAGCCACAGGUACAGAUACUCAAGGGUUCAGCAGGAGACACACAGGAGGAGGAUUUAGAGCAUGUCGAGGAGGCUUUCGAGCUUGAGGAGGGAGGAGACAUGGAGAAAGAACAGCCAGGAGAGGUCAUUCUGGAUGAGCCCAGAGCUACAGAGGUGGGAGGGGCUGAAGAGAUGGAACAUCAGGCUCCGGUCUCAGAGAUAGGGACGGGAGGAUCAGAGGGAAGGGGUGAGUUGGAGGAACAGCCAGUGACAAACAUUGACGAUAAUCUAGACUCCCAAUCAGAGGGAGCGAUUGAGAUGGCGGAAGAGCCAGAGGAUCUCAUUGAGGAUGAGUCUAAACCUGCAUUAGAGGGAGGCAGCGAGAGUGUAGAACAGCCAGGGCCUGUCACUAAGAAUGAGCCAGUAAAGGUAGGGAAGGAAGACACAGCGAAGGAAAGAAGGAAAGAGAAGGAAGAAGAGGUGGAGCUAGGGGUCAAAGGUCGCAAAGCCAGGAUAGAGAAUGGGUUCCCUGGAACAGAGGAGGUGAAACGACAACUGCUGAAUGAGAUGCUGCUAUCUCCCACACGGCUGAAACAAGGAGAAAUGAAAGAAGAGGUGACAGUAAAAAGAGAUAGGGUCACGCCCCGCAGAAGGAGCGACGACUGGAUCAAGAAGGCGGCCCCAGAGGAGGUGCAGACCCGCAGAGGGAGCGACGACUGGAUCAAUAAGGCGUCCCCAGAGGAGGUGCAGACCCGCAGAGGGAGCGACGACUGGAUCAAGAAGGCGUCCCCAGAGGAGGUGCAGACCCGCAGAGGGAGUGACGACUGGAUCAAGAAGGCGGCCCCAGAGGAGGUGCAGACCCGCAGAGGGAGCAACGACUGGAUCAAGAAGGCGGCCCCAGAGGAGGUGCAGACCCGCAGAGGGAGCGACGACUGGAUCAAGAAGGCGUCCCCAGAGGAGGUGCAGACCCGCAGAGGGAGCAACGACUGGAUCAAGAAGGCGGCCCCAGAGGAGGUGCAGACCCGCAGAGGGAGCGACGACUGGAUCAAGAAGGCGGCCACAGAGGAGGUGCAGACCCCCGGGAGGAGGGAGGACUGGGCCAAGAAGGAGGCCCCAGAGGAGGCGCAGACCCGCAGAAGGAGCGACGACUGGAUCAAGAAGGAGGCCCCAGAGGAGGGGCAGACUCCUGGGAGGAGGGAAGACUGGAUCAAGAAGGAGGCCCCAGAGGAGGCGCAGACCCGCAGAAGGAGCGACGACUGGAUCAAGAAGGAGGCCCCAGAGGAGGCGCAGACCCCCGGGAGGAGGGAGGACUGUAUUAAGGAGGCCCCAGAGGAGGCGCAGAACCCUGGGCGGAAGGAGGACUGGAUUAAGAAGUUGUCACCAGAGGAGGCGCAGACCUAUGGGAGGAGGGAGGACUGGAUGAAGGAGCUGAAGUCGGUGAUCAAAGAGGAGGUGCGUUCCCCGAAGAGGAGAGAGGAGCCGGUGAAGAAGAAGAAGGUGGUGCUCAUGGAGGAGGUGCCCACGUUCAUGCACCAGAGGAAAGAGGUGAAAAUAGAGGUGAAGAAAGAGGAGGCAGCGCAGGGGGAGGGGGAGGUGAAGACGGUGAAGAAGUCUGUGAGGCUGCAGAGCCCAACUCCUCACGAGGAACGCAGCGACAGUCCGGACCCCCAGGAGUACGAGAUCUCCCUCUAUGUCAAGGCUGGCAGUGAUGGUGAGAGCAUCGGGAACUGUCCGUUCUCCCAGCGCCUCUUCAUGAUCCUGUGGCUGAAGGGAGUCAUCUUCAACGUUACCACAGUCGAUCUCAAAAGGAAACCGUCGGACCUGCAGGACCUGGCCCCGGGGACCAACCCUCCGUUCGUCACGUUUAACGGGGAGGUGAAGGUCGACGUCAACAAGAUAGAAGAGUUCCUGGAGGAAAAACUCACGCCACCACGGUACCCCAAGUUGGCGACUAAACACCCAGAGUCAAACACUGCAGGUAUAGAUGUGUUCUCCAAGUUCUCUGCCUACAUCAAGAACCCCCGCAAAGAUACCAACGACGGCCUGGAGAAGGCCCUGUUGAAGUCUCUGAGGCGGUUGGAUGAAUUUCUGAGGACCCCCCUGCCGGAGGAGAUCGAUGCCAACAGCAUAGACGACCCUCAGGAGUCCACACGCUGCUUCCUGGACGGACCUGACCUCACUCUGGCAGACUGCAACCUGCUGCCCAAACUACACAUUAUAAAGGUGGUGGCCAGGAAGUACCGUGGCUUUGAGAUCCCGGCGGAGAUGGCGGGGGUGUGGCGCUAUCUGAACCACGCCUACAAGAGGGAAGAGUUUACCAACACCUGUCCUGUCGAGCGUGAGAUCGAAUUCGCCUACAUAGAUGUGGCCAAACGAAUCAAAUAGCAAGAGACUGAGAAGGCCCAAUCCCAAAUUGCAUGUGUGUGUGUGUGUGUGUGUCUUUGUGCACUCCCCGGUUGGGUUGCACGGCGCUCAUAUGUAUUGUCAUGCCUGCUGUGAAUCUAAGACCACUAGACAGAGAGGUCUGCAUCCAUUUCACAUCCAGUCCUUUGGACCAAAGCCCUCUGUAGUGCACUAUAAUAUAGGGUGUCAUUUAAGACACAAACACUGUUAGAAACCUAGAGUACUAACUCUAACAACACAUAGUACUAUCUACUAACACUGCAACAUUGUAAAACUGUCCUAAAGCAGCCAUAAGCAUUCAUUAGAUUGUUAUAACCUCUGUGUCUCGGAGGUAUAGCAGAGCACAGGUAGACACGCCAUACUUAUUAUAUGAAUAUGCAACACUUUGGCCUUGACCACAGUAUUAACCUAUAUAUAGAAAUGAACAUACAUAUAUUUUAUAAAUUCACUUUUCUUUAGUUUCUCCUCUGUCUAAUUUUGGCUAUCUAUGGGUGAAUAAUAAUCAAUAGUAAAAAAGGUCUGACUGUUUUCUACUUGUAUGCUUUGUAAAAGCAAAAUGUAUGUGUACUCACGGCAUGUUGUUACCAAUGAAAAAUAACAUUAUUUUAAUCUCAUAAAUCUGCAUUGAUAUCGUUUUAUAUAUAAUUCUAUUGACCAUAGGAUGAUUGUGGGUGGGGCUUUCUGUUGAGAAGCUCCCCUGAUUGGGCCUUCCUGAACAUACAGGUUGAAUCGGAAGCCAUUUUGAUUGUGGCGGAAGUGUGUACUGUAUCUCUCUAUGCAGCAAACAAAUUCUGACACAACCCUGUGCACUCGCCUUAUAAUCCUCACCAGAGGAGACAUUAUUAAACUGAUUUCAGAACA